AUGACAUACGAAGAAGAACCGAUUCGAAUCUUGGCACGAGAAGUGAAACAGUUGAGAAACAAAGAAAUUGCUUUAGUGAAAGUGUUAUGGCAACGACAUGGGAUGGAAGAGGCAACAUGGGAAACCGAGGAGACUAUGAGGAAACAGUAUCCCAACUUAUUCAAUGCCACUGGAGAGAACGCAUGGGCACCUUCGUCUGGUGUUCUUCCACGUGGGGUUCCUAUGGGAGAUGAUGCACCUAAUGAGGGAUUUGGUGAUUCAGAUGAACAUAGUAACGAGAAUGAAGGUAUUCCCCCUGAUGAGGUACCAUCAAACCCUUCUCAUGAAAUCCCUAAUCGAAGAAAGCAAACACUUGGGGUUGUACACGGUAAGGGAAAAAAGUCAAGUUCAAGUAGAAAAUCAUCAAGAAAUACAUUAACGACUCAGAUUGAGAAAUUGUGUGAGAGUAUGGCUAGUCCAAGGAAGUCAGUGAAUGAAAUUAUUUUUCCUCACUCUCAAUAUACUAUUUCAAAUGCAAUGGAUGCUUUGCGUGCUUUGGGAGAUGAAAUUCCAAAAAGAGAUGAACUGUACUAUUUUGCCACCAAAAUGUUCCAAAUACUGGUGAAACGAGAAAUGUUUUGA